CUCCGGCUGAUCCGCCAUCGAACUCGGGGGGCGGUGUGGUGCUUUCCGACGUGAUGGGUCGUGAUAGGAGUAUCAAUCUCUUCGCAGGGUAUGUCUGCUCCGGCCAACAGAUCCCUGACAGUCCAUUGGCAUCGCGAGCUUACCGAUACUGCUACAGCUUCGUAAGAGACAUUGAAUCCGCCUCCCGCCGCCUCGAAGAUUCGGCGCAGAACACGACCGUACUGGCGCCCCUCAACUCGGCGGUCGAGAAGCUACCCCGGAAACCGUGGGAGGAUCCCAGAGACUACGGCGCCCUCGGUCCCGAUGCAUACGAGGGUGGAGAAGGGCAUGAGCGAGCUCAGCGCAACCUGCGCAGGUUCGUGGAAGCGCAUUUGGUGCCUGUGAGCCCAUGGCAGGAGGGCGAGCAAAUGAAACCGAUCGGAGGUGACCGGGAGAUUUGGUGGGAAGAAAAGGAUGGGACGCGGCUCGUGAGUAACACGUUCCUGCAUGUUGUAUCUCUGUUGGAGAUGACUGCCGCUGACUAACGAGCGUAGAUUCAACCGGGCGCGAUAGAGGUUGUCAGUGUCGCGGGAGACGUUGCAAAUGGUCAAGUGUGGAUCAUAAAGGGCGUG